CAGUUUAAGCAACAACCUACCUACCUGUAUGAAACUGACCUCGAACACUUCAUGAAUCCAAACACAAACAACCACAUCUUUCAUCUUUCAUCUCAAAAGUACCUCGAUCCUUUUUGACUUUGGUUCCCUUUUUUAUUGUAUACAUUUCUAAGACAAGUUGAUGCGUGAGCAAACUCUAUUUUUAUUGUCAUCGUGAUUUUCAUUUUGUCUUUCAAGCCUCCCAUCCCUCCCUUUUCCAGCUCUUGAUCCUCGAAGUCAACAAAGCCUGAGCGACUCAAAUACUUGGUUGAUCUUCAUUUCCGUUAUUCACGGACACGAACUUCGCAGCGCAAAUAUACAUCCACACUCUCACACACACUCUCACACAUAUAUAUACAUAAUAUAUAUCAUUUAUCCCAACGCAAUAAAACCCUUCAUUAGAGAAACCGAAAUAUUCUUAUCAUGACGAUAACUUCAUAUUAAGUUUACAUGAGCAAUUAGCGGCCGGGCCGCCCCCAAUAGCUGAAAAUGGAUCGCAGACAAUUAAUCAACAACCUGAAGCCGUCCCCAACUCAAUCUACAACCGUUACUCGACCCCAUUGCACACCUUUCACCCUUCCCUCCAAUGGUAUUAUCAAUCUUGGUGAAUCCCAAUAUUUCACCCUCACAACCAAUGCUAUCUUCACUCCAGAAUGUACAGGCACGGCCGAUAUUGUUAUCACCAGUGCAAACAGUCCUGCGUCGUUCCCCGAUCUGCGUGAUCCCUUUUACGCUUCCACGAUACCGGAAUGUUACGCCCUCGCUGCCACGACUGUAAUUGCAUACAUGCUAGUCAUAAUGCUUUUGAUUACCCCAAGAACAUUCCUUGUUCAAGGCGCUGUAGUAUUAGGACGACGCGGAUUUACGAACGGUCCAUCCGGCAGUGAUGCGGGCAUUGGCAUUGGCGGAAGACCUUGGCUACAGAAGGUUGCAGCCUUGACUGUCGCAGUCUCUCUAACUAUCGCGACGGCAGAUACGUUUCGUGUCGCUGAAGAACAAUACGAACUUGGGUUUAUGAAUGUAUUGGCCUUACAAGACGAAGUCGAUGGUGGUUUGGAACUCAAGAUCAUUCGUGUUAUAUCGGAUACCUUUCUGUGGCUCGCGCAAGCCCAGACUCUGAUAAGAUUAUUCCCACGGCAGCGAGAGAAAAUUAUAAUCAAAUGGACGGGCUUUGCUUUAAUCACACUGGAUGUUUUGUUUAGUCUUCUCAACAACUUCGUCUACAAUGGCACUUCGCGACCCCGCUCUUUUACGGAUGCUGUCCCCGCCUUAGCUUAUCUCUUCCAACUCGCUCUAAGCCUUCUAUACUGCGCUUGGGUCAUCUACUAUGCUAUUUCAAAGAAGCGCUACGCAUUUUAUCAUCCGCAAAUGCGGAAUAUAUGUCUUGUGGCAUUGUUGUCGCUGGUAUCAGUGUUGGUACCCGUGGUUUUCUUCGUCCUUGAUAUUUCGAAGCCGACACUUGCUGCAUGGGGUGAUUAUGUCCGGUGGGUUGGCGCAGCAGCAGCAAGCGUGGUGGUAUGGGAGUGGGUGGAGCGAAUUGAAGCACUAGAAAGAAAUGAAAAGAAGGAUGGAGUGCUCGGAAGAGAGGUCUUUGACGGGGACGAGAUGCUAGAGGUCACUCCAACAUCGGAUUGGACUAACCAUUUUCGCAAAGACGGCGAUGACAAGGGAGGAACUGCUACGGGUUCGACUUGGCCAGCAAUGUCUGGGCUGGCUAACCGUUAUAGGCCGCGUGCUACGAACGAUCUUGAGGCCGGGCCUGGUUCCGAUCAACUUACGAGAAGACAUUUAUUAACGACCCAAACCCCAUUGUGGCCCACUAGGCCCGAGCCUAUUGCUACACCCAUCAAUAGGGCGGAUACUGCUAGCGCUGAAAGCACUGUCUAUGCAGUGAGGUAUCAUCCCAUCAGUGAUGCGACUCCGCCCAUUGUUGGUACGAAUACAACUCUCUCGAGAAGUAACAGUGAAGCUAUAUCAAUUAGCAGGUCCAUUAGCAAUGAAGAGAUUGACUUCGAUAAGCCAGUCAUUAUUGACCAGGGGCAGAAUGCCCCUAUAGUUGCACCUCGUGCUCAGAAUUGGCAUUGGAAUGCCCUCAAUCCUUUUCGGCAUCGAGUCCAAGGGCCUCCAGCAGAGGUUUUGUUGCAUACUCCGAAGCCUGCAGUAACUUUUAGUAGUCAUGAAUCCUCAAACAGGUGGGACAUGCGCGCCCGAAUUGAAGGUUUCGCUGCCGCCCAGGCAGAAAGGUUCCGUGAAAAGACACGCCCUACAGUCAAUACAGACCCUCUUCCUCUCACUGUGAUUCCAGCACCAAGAAGACGUGCUAAUGCGCCGGUAUCUGAUUUCUCAGGUUCAGAUUCAAUUCAACCAGCACCUGAAGGGUCAUCUCAGAUAGAGAGUGAAAGCAAUCAGCAUACCAGAACAAGUGACCCUUACACUCCAGAUAGUCUUCAACGGCAUUCUAUCACUCAUCGUGGUAGCAUAUCAUUUGCAACGGCGGUGCAACCAGAAACAGACCAGCGAUUUGAAGAUACAACUACCUCACCGACUCUUGUAAAUAGUCGUCAAACCCACAAUUUUUCGAGUUUGCGAAGCAGCCCUGUCCAAGCUCGAAGUCCUGUCACGCCGGCUCUCCCCUCAAUCAUAGAUGGUUUACCAGUAAAAACUAUACCGGCACCACCACGACGGCCUAGGGUGGAAGAUCCCUGAUACAACAUCUAUGGUACGAUUUCGAUUUAAGCAUGAGCGUGGCGCUGGGACUUGAGCAUUUGUGUAUUGAUAUAUAGGGACAUCAAAAGGAGUUCUAAAAAAGUACGACCGGGUAUGGGAAGGAAGGAAAAGGGAUACGGAUAUAGAUACCACAAAGCAAUGUACACGAACUACGGGUGCAUUGUACAUAUAGUAGUAAUCAAGACAUGAGACCACGAAUUCUUUGGACGAAAAUUGCGUCAAACAUAGCAUAGCAUUAGCCAGCUGUAUAUUCAAAUUAUACCCCUUUAUUUUACGUU